UAACCUAUUGGAUUUUCCUAAUUUGCCCGCUUAAUUUGUAAAAACAUAUCCCUUUAAUAUUUCUGGUUGUCGAGAACGUGGUGGCUGCUUCUAUGGACAUGGCAUCUUCUUCCUCUACAGACGAAGGUCAAGAUCAACAUCAACAUCACGAUCUUCAACAUCAACUUCAACAACAACAACAACUUUCCCCAGUCAAAGACUUCCUUCACAAAACCAAAACGAUUCAGUUUCUCGGACGCACCACUCCGAUCGUCCUUCAAAACGACAAUGGACCCUGCCCUCUUCUCGCUAUCUGUAAUGUGCUUCUGCUACGAAACCAGUUAAGUUUGAGCCCUGAUAUUGCUGAAAUCUCACAAGAGAAGCUGCUUUCAUUGGUUGCUGAGCGAUUGAUUGAUUCAAAUAGUAAUGUGAAUAACAAAGAUGCUGGUUAUGUUGAAAAUCAACAACAGAACAUUGCUGAUGCAAUUGAUUUGCUCCCUAGACUUGCAACUGGAAUUGAUGUAAAUUUAAAAUUUCUGAGAAUAAAUGAUUUUGAAUUCACUCCAGAGUGUGCCAUAUUUGAUUUGCUGGACAUCCCUUUGUAUCAUGGCUGGAUAGUUGAUCCACAGGAUCAUGACACUGCAACUGCAAUUGGAUCGAAGUCCUAUAAUGCUCUCAUGGGAGAGCUUGUUUCUCUUGAAACAAGGAACAUUGAAAUCCAACCUAAAAAUAAUCUCGAAGAAGAUUGUGUUGAUUUUGUGGCUGCAACAACUGCUGCUCUUGGAGUUCCUUCUCCUAGUCUUUCUAAAGCCAGGUCUUUUGAUGAUUCUCCACAUUCUAUUUCUACUACCACACCAAGAAAAGGUGAUCUUGAAGAAGAAGAACAGUUGUUGAGAGUCUUGCAGUUGUCUGAGGUUGAUUCUAAAGCUUCAAUGAGCGAUCCUGUUGUGGGUCUUUCAAUUGGUACUGAAGGAGAAGUCUCUUUUGGUAUGGAUGAAAAUAUAUGUAACCAACAGGCUAUAACCAUGGAUUCUGGGGAUAACUUAGGAAAGAACACCGGUAAAGAAUGCAAUGACUUUCAUGAAUCAGAAACCUCCAUACCCCAUGACUGCACUACUUCUAGCAAAGACAAUAAUGAACAUAUAUCUUCUACAUCUACACUGGGGGAAGCAGCUAAUUCGUCCUUUAAGGAUGAUGCGGUUGGUGGCUUCCAUCAUUCAGCUUAUAUGGGACCUGAAGAAUCUGUUGAACGGAAUGAUGGAGUUGAGAAGUAUAACCUUGAUGCAUUGGUUCAGAAUGAGAGUGCAACCAUCCUUUCUCCUGAAAAAUACUCUGUUUCCUUUUUUGAGAGCUGUGCAGAUGGUUCUAGGGAGGAUGCUAAAGUUCACAAUCAAUCCUCUCCAACAACUAUAGAUCAUGAAGCUUUAGAUGAAUCUCAAGGACCUGAUGAAACAGGAAUAUCAUGCUUAUCUGGAAGCCAUAUGAAUUCAGAUUCUUCUAGUACCAUAUUUCAUCAAACUGAUGCUUGUGGAGCAUUCCCUUCAACUGUUGAUGAGAGUGAGCCCAUAUAUGAAGGAGAGGAAUGUGUAUUGGAUACAAGACCCCGAAAUUUUGAGGACCGUGAACCUGUUUAUGAAGGUGAGGCGGUGCUUCAAGAACAGGCUGACAAAGGCACCUUUGAUCAAAGAGCUAAGGAAGAAAUUACUCCAGAACAAGGGGAAUUGGUCAAGAGUUUUUUGAGGAAUAAUGCCAGCCAGUUGACAUUUUAUGGGCUUUUCUGUUUACAAGAUGGUCUUAAAGAGCGUGAGUUAUGUGUUUUUUUCCGAAACAAUCAUUUCAGCACCAUGUUUAAGAUUGAGGGUGAGCUCUAUCUUCUAGCUACAGAUCAAGGCUACAUAAAUCAGCCUGAUCUGGUUUGGGAAAAAUUGAAUGAGGUCAAUGGCGAUACGUUGUUUAUGACUGGUAAUUUCAAGGAAUUCAAGGUAGAAAGCCAAGAAAGUAACACCUGGGAUGAGAACAAUGUUAUGACCAGCACUGCUGACUAUCUUGCCAGCAUAGAUAGUGCAACACAGGCAGGCCUAGAUAUCAGCUCUGAUAUGGAAUUAGCAAUAGCCUUGCAACAACAAGAGUUUGAGCAGCAGCCACCACGUCAGAGCCCACAGAAACCAUCUAUUAGUGGUAGCUCCAGACUGGUUACAGGUCCCCAGGUGGUAAGAAGCAGUGGAAGGAAUCCAUCUUCAUCUCCCAGGGCUGAUGGGAAAUCCAAAGAAAAAUGUAUAGUGAUGUGAGUUUUACAAGCAGUUGUUAGAAGCUUGCUUUAUAAUUUCUGGCCUUAACUAUUGUAUCCCAUUACAGCAACAUUAUUAUUCUUCAUGUUAUGUAUGUGAUAUUAGGUUAAGUUUUAUUUGUAAAUAUUGGAAGUAUAUAGUGUACCACAGUGCCAGGUCCUUCUUGUGACCACAAACCCUCAACUUCCCUCACGCUUCAUAUUUGUCUGAACUAACCAUCCCAACCAACAUUUCUCUGAGCUUCGCCCCGCCCCGCCCCGUUUUGUGGUGAUUGGUUGUGCAGCUUUUAGUAGAGUAAAAUCCCAGCUUACACAAUUUUACUAUGCCAUCUACCAAUGUCCUUGCUAAUAUUGAUGUAAAAAGCCAGAGUAAUGUAUGGAUAUUGUUGUUAAAUUGCUAAUUAGACUUUGACCGAAGGGGAA